GGGCCCUGGCUCCCGCAGCUGGGAUGGAGCAGAAGUGCGUUUGGCGCCGCAGGGCACACAGCUGACUCUCUGCGCUACCUCCGCUUCGCCUGGUGCCGCCAGACACCGAAGCUGCGUGGACUGAUCGCGCUGGGCGUCAGUUCCUCCUCGCUCCUCCGGUAGCCCACCGGCGGAAGAGGAGCUGCCGGUGCCCUGAAGCACUUGGUCUGCCCCAAGAAACUCUUCCCUAGUCGCAUCCAGCUCGGUACCGAGCACCGGAGUAACAUGGUCUGCAAGGCGCUCAUCGCCCUCUGCAUCUUCACCGCAGGACUGAGGGUACAGGGUUUACCAACAUCAGCCCCAUUGCCUGUCUCUCUUGUGACAAAAAGUACAGCACCUAUGGCCACCUGGACUACCUCUGCUCAACACACUGCUAUGGCCACCACCCCUGUAGCCAGUGCCACUCACAACGCCUCAGUUCUCCACACGACUGCCGCAUCCCUGAUAUCUGAGCUCCCCACUGGCCCCAAAAGAGAGGCUGUCACCAGCCCAGCUUUGAAGAUGGAUGUCAACAGCACAGACUCCUCAGCUACCGGGUUCUCUUCCACAAGCAGUGACAUCCACUUGGCGCCUACACCUGAGGAACACAGUCCUGGAAGUCCUGAAGCAACUGUGCCAGCUACUGGGUCACAGUCACCCAGGCUCCUGUCUUCUCAGGUUCCCACCUCAGCAUCCACAUCCCCUGUAACUUCACCAUCUGAGCCUCUCUCUGCCUCCGUUACCUCUAACCACAGCUCUCCUGUGGCCAACAUCCAUCCCACAGAAGCUCCAAUGGCACCUGCAUCACCAACAGAAGGGCACAGUUCUAGUCACACACCCACCUCUCAUGUCACAGCAGAGCCAGUGCCCAAGGAGAAAUCACCCCAAGACACUGAGCCUGGCAAAGUGAUCUGUGAGUCUGAUACCACCACCCCCUUCCUGAUCAUGCAAGAAGUGGAGAAUGCCUUAAGUUCAGGCAGCAUCGCAGCCAUCACUGUGACCGUCAUCGCCGUGGUGUUGCUGGUGUUUGGAGCUGCAGCAUACCUAAAGAUCAGGCAUUCCUCCUAUGGAAGGCUGCUGGACGACCAUGACUACGGGUCCUGGGGAAACUACAACAACCCUCUCUACGAUGACUCCUAACAAAGGAAGGUGGCUGAGGACAAAAAAUAGCUGUCCUUUAUUUAUAAGUGCUUAUCCAGUAGAAUUAAUAACAAGUACCUGAUGUACACUGAACGACAAUCACAAGCCCUCUUUUGUUGGUAUGGUUGUUUUCAUUUUUCCUCUCCCUCUCUUCUGGCUGCUACCACAGUGUCCCCCUUCUGGUACAAAAGAACCAUUUCGUAAAGGCCAGUGGAGGCCAAUUUGCAACUGACACGGGCCAUCUUUGCACUGACCAAGCCAGAUACCAUGAGGUGGGGGCUGCAGAGUCCCCAUCAUGGAAGCCACCUUGGAAAGAACUGAGGAAAGGGGAUGCGAGUUGCUUGGUGGGGCAAUUGAUUUUAGGGGAUCUUUUGGUUUGAGUUAUUUCUUAAAGUUCUCUACAGGAAAUUACAUUAAAUAUCAGCAGAGGAGAAAGGAACACAUCCCGAGAGGCUGCCACCCUGUGGGGAAGAAGCAGAGGCUUCUUGAUUCCUUUUUAGUCCUUCUUUGCCAGGUUGUAUUGCCUACUUUCCUAUAAGCAUAUAGACACUUCUUAGUUGCCUAACUGAUGAAAGAGGAAAGAUGCUGUGCCCAGGAGGAGAGCAGUAGGCAAGGGCAAAGUAGCACAGCAGGCUGUCAAUCCACAGACUCUCAACCUGCUCUUCCCAUCUAGGCCACCCAAAAGCAACAGGGAUCCCAACCCGAUAGCUUUCAAGGAAGUUACAAUUCCAAAAUUGAAAUGGGGAGGUGAGCUUGAAGAACAGAUGGGGAGAGACCUGCGGAGUCUAAGGGAUGGGGGAAGAAGAGAGGAGGGAUGAAAGCUCACGUGCAAGAGCCAGCUCUCUAUGGUAGCGGGAGAUACCUAAAGCUUGGAGGAACCCAUAGAACUCUCGCUUCACACCCAUAAAGCAGCAACUGCUUCACUGCCUUGCUGUGUUGGGUAAUGGCUAAAUGUUAUUCAAAAAAAAAAAAAAAAAAGUUAAGGGAGGCACUAUUCUAUCUGCAGCUGUUCAUCCAAAGCACUCACUUCCACAGGAUGGAGACAUGAAAAAACUAUCUGUGUGUUCUCCCUAACACUUAGCUUCCCCAUUCUUCCUUCUAAUAAGCGAAUACCUUCGGGUGGGCAGUUUCAAAUCGAGUACAACAAAUUCUGAGAAGUGACCAUGCUUCUUUGAUCUGCUUCUUUCACUUAUGACUCACCAGGAGGUGAUUACAUACCUCUCACUCCUCUCACCCCCUACCGGCACCCAGGUGCUUAGUAGCAAUUUUUUAUUGUUACUUUGUCAGUUGGGAGUGCUAGUAAGGUGUAGAGACUGGAUCCUGCUAAACACCCUACCUGGCGCAGGACAACCUUCCACCCCAAAGAACUUCCUAGCUGGAAAUAUCAAAGGCUGAGAUUGAGACCAUUCACUGCAAUGCCCUUGUGACAUUGAAAAAAACAAAAAACAACAAAAAACACUUGGGCAUCAGGAAGACCCUUUCAUUUUUAACAAAGUAAAACAUCAAUUUCUUUUCCUCAAGUGUUUAGUUUGUUGCCUGAUAGGUUGGCUUCUGGCAUGUACUGUUGUUGCCUCAUAUAUGUUUCUAGAGAGCUUUAUUACAAGGCUGUACCGCUGUUCUUUUGUAACGGCUGAUAAUGGCACCUGGCAUCUUAAGUCCUGAUUUUAUGGAGGAGAAAGUAUACAUCACAAACUGCUGUAUUGUCCUAUGGUGUCACAGGGAACAACGAAUUAUCCAUUUUAAUUCCUCAGACAGAUCUUGCCCAGCCCCCAACAUCAGUUGAAGAAAAACAUACUCAUAUUGCUAUCCUGAACCCCUCUGGUGUAGAGUCCACAAAUAGGGUUACUUCCCACAACAUGCCACCCCAGGCUUUGAAGAAAAUCCUUCCUAAAUCUCAGAAGUGCCAAAAGGAAAGAUCAGUCCUCAAAGGUAACCUGUAAGCAGAGUGGGUAACAAGGAACAGGUUUACAGAAAUUAAGAUAUUCCUGAAUAUAAAAUACCACACACACACACACACACACACACACACACACACACACUGCAUAGGUGUGCCCUCUGGCCACACUUGGCCUGAACAACUGUCCCUCCUUCCUACCCUGACCCCUUCAUGGGUCUCUGGUUAGGCAAAGGACAACCAGUACACACCAGGAUUCCACAUGUCAUUGUCCUCUGUCAGCCAAAAACAUUUUUGACAUAUGACACAAAGAUCUCUAUAAAACACCUUAGGGGAAAUAUAGUUCAGAUAUGGCUUCUGGGAUAAAAUAAAUCCUAGACCAGAGGAACCAGCUUCCUUCCAAGACCUAUUAGAAACCUGAGACACAGCAAGAAUUUUUUUCACACCAAAAGAUGCCAUUGUGUGUGAACAUGUAGUUGCCAUGGUUCUGAUAGCUUCCAAUUGCUUUCAGCAAAAUGCAAAGCAGCCAUGUACAACAAGGUGACUGACAGUGUCCGCCUAAAGCUCAAGAAUGACCCUAACCUGUUUGUUACUAUAAAGUGUGUCAGUGUGAGGAUGGACUUUGCCAAAUAUAUUUUUCUGCUUUUGAAUUGGCAAAAAGGUUUCAACAUAUUUACUGUACAAACAUUGCUACACACACACACACACACACACACACACAUGCACGUAUGUGCAUGCACACACAGCUCUGAAAUAUAUAUAUGCCAAUAAUUGAUGUCCUUUACCUCAGGGAGAGUUAGUUCAAGUCUACACAAGGGAAAUUAGUGGUCCCUCUAAGUAGAUCCAGUCAUACCCCAUCAUGAAACAAACUGGUCAGAAUGCUUUGGAGAGAAAGUCAGAGCAAAAGAAAGCUAGGAAUCUCUUCUCCAUGGACUGCAAAUGAUUAAAGAAUGGUAAGCAAUGAUGCUUUCUUUCACCAUGGCCCUAAUGGGUCCCUAUCCUCCCUGCACAGCUGUGUCUUCAUUGAUAAAAUGGGGGUGAUGCUUUCAUAGUGGCCUUACCCCUUCCUACCUCACAGACGUGUUGUGAGGAUUAAUGAAAUUGUGUCUACAGUGUUUUCAGUUUCUGGAGAAAAACUAUUUAUGGACAUUUCAAGUAUUAUAUAGAUACAUAAGCGAUUUCAGUUUCUUGCUGUUAUACUGAUGUUUUGAUUUUACUCUAUAAAACUACAGUUAAUGUCAUGGCCACCUCAGAUGACUAUCAGAGCUCUGAACUUCCCUCCUGCACACCUGACUGAUGCAGGGUUAACUGUUUCUGGGGCCACAGAGGAUGUCUCCCUUCCAACUGAAAAGGUGGUCCAGGGCAUAGGUCUCACAGACCUGCAUCAGGACCAGGUUAGGAUAGCACACCUGGAUGCCUCAGCACUUCCGGAAGAAGGCCUCUGACUUUCACACCCUGAGGUCUCAGAGGAGUAGAUUAUGGUCUGAUGUCAUCUGUUUGCCCUUCAUCUUGCUUGCAAGGAUGCAUGGUUUGAUCCUAUGCAUCUUGAAAAUGAAUUUUGAUUGGUCCAGUUGCUAAUUUGCACGUCGAUUCACCUUCUUUGCCUUUAACCUUCUCUUGAGGGCAAAUGGAUGUACCAUCUCAACUUUGAUCUCGGAAAUGUUAGUUUGCAUUGACUUGUUGCCACGUUGCUCUCUUGGAGUAAGUUAGCUGACAUUGUUUAAAGAUGGGAAGGUGUGCAACUUCUUUGAUAUUUGAUGAUGUCAUAUCUACAUUUGUUGUAAGACAUAUUGCAUACCAAUUAUAACUCUGCCAAUUAAAGUGGUUAAAAGCUUG